CGAAUACAUAUAUUUCCAUUUAGUAUUAGUGGUAAAAUUAAUUGAUUUUACAUUAUAAAAAUUAUUUUUAUGUUAUUUGCAUAUUGUUAUAAAAGGAAAAUGAAAAUAAAAAAUCAUAUGAUUAAAAGUUUAUCUUUCUAUAAUUUACUUAUAAGAAGGAAUAGAAAGUGUGUGUUUAUUCAUAUAAUGGUACAGCUAUCAGGUAUAAUACCACAUCGUAAACGUUUAUGGGAACCAGCCGUCAGUGCUAAAAGACCAGACUACAUAACGUCUUCCGAUCAUCCUACUGCUCGUGUAUUUUCACAAUUCCAGGAAUUGGAAAAGGAAAAAGAUAACAUGUUCCUUUUGCUUUCGAUGGAAUAUGGCAAGAGGUGGCGUGAGGCGAGAGAUAGUUUAUCUAAAGAAGCAAAUGUAAUUCAUCUAAUGGAAAAUGAUUUCCUCUUUCGGCGGUACGUUAUACGAGGACUUCUUUUGAAGAAGAAACGGAACGAGAAAGUAACACUAUUUAAAAUGAAGAGAUUCGAAAAUAUACCAUCCAGAGUUCAAUCACGAAGAAAUAACCAAAUAGAACAUGCAAAGGAAAGUUUGCGGGAUGAGAUUAUUAAAGAAACUGAGGAACAAUUAAAGCAGGACAGGAUAGCCUUCCAGAAAAGAGCAAUACUAAAAACUGAAAAUGAUAAAAUAAAUGUGUUUUAAUCAUCUCA